UAUUUUGGACUUUGGACUUUAUUUACGACUUUAACCGUGAAGGAAUACUUCCGCAGUCCCAUCCCUUGUCUCCCUCCAUCUCUGUCUCGAUCUCCCUCACUCUCCGGAUGGCUUCACCAAAGGGUUGGGCGAGCAAUAUUACCUCAAUCGCUUCUCGCAUUUAUUUCCUCCUCAUCAUCCUUCAGAUUCCUCUUUUCAGGGUCCCAUGCCGAUCUGGGAUGUGCACAACACCAAUAGAGGUGACUUCUUCCCAAUUGAUUUCAAGUGAAAUCUUCCCUGUUGUGGUGGUGAAGGCCUUUCUCUACCCUGGAGCAAUUGCAAAUGGUCUCAUCAAGAACAUGACAAUUCCUCGCUGGGAUAAUCUCUUGGACAUCUAUAACUUAACUGAUGUGAAAGAAGCCUCGGCAAUGACUGAUCUCCAGCGCCUGGAGGUUCUUGCAGGGAGCUACUUUUCUGUUGCAGGUUCACUCGUGGGACUCCUGAAACCGGGAAGGAUGAGCAUGUUUGGGAUGCUUCUGGUCAUUUGGGGCCUUGUCAAGGAAGGGAUUCUUGGAAAACCUCUCAACACAGAUCCUGCAAAAGCCAUUUAUGUCUACCCAACAAUGUUUCUUGCACUGAUAUGUGCUUUCUCAUCUGUAAAGUACGAUGUAAAGAAGGUUGUCAGGAGUAGCCAAGCACGACCCAUUGCCAAACCUCUACAAAGCUCUUCAAAAUCAAAGCUGAAAUGAGAUGUGGAUGUCACAAUAUGUAAUGGGUUUUAAUUUUAUUGAAAAAUAUUCCUUUAUUUAAUCUCUCGUUUUUUAGCUCAAAGUUUGAACUGUUUUCUGAAAAUCAUCCAUUACAUUUGAGGGGGUUUUCUAAUUUUCUUGUGUUAGGACACAAACUCAAGUUGAAAAUGACAGAGCAAGUUGUUUUCUUUGAGCAGGUC